AUGCAGAACAUAGAAGGUGAAGAACAAGCACAGUCCCCAAGCACAGUUCAUUCUGAAGGAGAGCAUCAGCAGAAAGGGCAACAACAGGAUACACAAUCUCCAGAGAACAACGAACAAGCUACCCAAGAGAAGGAGAACGUUCAUGCGCAGCAACAGCAGCAGCAGCAGCCAAAAGCUGAUGCAAACACUUCACAGCAAAAGCAGCCAGAACAAGAACAGCAUGAGGCAAAGCAUGUGGCGACAUCUGACAAGCAGGUCGGACAGCCGCAGGUGCCAGAGCAACAAGAGAUCCCAGGCACCGCUCCCGAGCAGCAGCAAGCAAAAGCUGUAGAAACUUCACGGAAAAAGCAGCCAGAACAAGAACAGCUUGAGGCAAAGCAUGGAGCAGCAUCUGAGAAGCAGGUCAGCCAGCCGCAGGUGCCAGAGCAACAAGAGAUCCCAGGCACCGCUCCCGAGCAGCAGCAAGCAGAAGCUGUAGAAACUUCACGGCAAAAGCAGCCAGAACAAGAACAGCUUGAGGCAAAGCAUGGAGCAGCAUCUGAGAAGCAGGUCAGCCAGCCGCAGGUGCCAGAGCAACAAGAGAUCCCAGGCACCGCUCCCGAGCAACAGCAAGCAGAAGCUGAUGCACCACAAGCAGAUGUACCACAAGCAGACACUUCACAGCAAAAGCAACCAGAACAAGAACAGCUUGAGGCAAAGCAUGGAGCAGCAUCUGAGAAGCAGGACAGCCAGCCGCAGGUGCCAGAGCAACAAGAGAUCCCAGGCACCGCUCCCGAGCAACAGCAAGCAGAAGCUGAUGCACCACAAGCAGAUGUACCACAAGCAGACACUUCACAGCAAAAGCAACCAGAACAAGAACAGCUUGAGGCAAAGCAUGGAGCAGCAUCUGAGAAGCAGGUCAGCCAGCCGCAGGUGCCAGAGCAACAAGAGAUCCCAGGCACCGCUCCCGAGCAACAGCAAGCAGAAGCUGAUGCACCACAAGCAGAUGUACCACAAGCAGACACUUCACAGCAAAAGCAACCAGAACAAGAACAGCAUGAAGGCAAGGCAGCAGAAGAGGAAGGUCAGCCACAGGAAGACACAGACCCCACAUACGAAUGGAGGAAAGGUAUUUCAAAAGAGCAAGAAGAGACGCUAGAUUCACUUAGUGGUUGGGACCGACAACCUGGCUACUUCGUAAUUGAAAUGCCGAGAGACCUGAAACCAUUGAAAGUUUACGAUGAAGUGGACAUCACGCGCACCAUGACGGCCGCAGAACUUCGGGAAAGAGCGCAGGUCUUCGGAGUCAAGGUCAAGUCGAGACGCAAAGCUGAUUUUGUCGAUGCUAUCAUCUUCCAGAACUGUGACAACCAAUUGAAGGAAGACAUCGAAAAGUCUUCGCAAUAUGGUGGUGGAGAUCCUGGUUUCACAACUGAGCCUGUGGCAGAUCCUGGUUUGAAAAAUGAGCCUGUGGCAGACCCAUCCGAAUCGGUCGAUCCUGCUCAGCCAAGUUCUUCUGGGGGUUCCCACCCAAGCAAGGAAGCAGAAAAAGGUAGCUCCAGUAAAACACCAAAUCAGGAGGGAGAAAAGCAAGAUGAAAAUCAGGAUAUAACUGACAUGUAUGGGAAAGAUGCUCUUGACAUGCCUGGAAAGGGUGCGGAACAAAAUGUAAGUGCACAUGAUCGUUUCAUGCACUGUGAUCUGGUUGUUCCAGCUGUUGCGCUGAACAAGUUCAAGCAGGUGGAAACUCUUCCAGACACUGCAGAGAAAAAGAGGCUUGAAAACUAUGUCGGGGUUCUGGGAGAAGAUGCUUGCAGGAUGUACAAAAAGUCCAGGCCCCGGUUGUGUUGCCUGAUGAUGGGAGAUUACUUCGAGGACGAAACACUCUUUUGGAAGCAUGCUAGCAUCCAAUUGAAAAACAACCCUGUUGGCGGAAUCUUCACCUUUGAUACCUUCGCUGGAGACAUAUCUCAGGUUGUGGCAAAGAUUCCGAACAACCUUGACCCUUCACGUGGGUCGCAUCCAAAGACGGGGAUCUACGUUUUUAUCCUUCCCACAUCCAGACCUCUGAGCAACAACAAAGUCCACGACCGCCCUGACUUUGAGAACAUCACCAUCGUGUUCCAUGAGUUUCAAAAAAAUGAUCAGGUGGAUGCCAAACCUGAUUCUGUGUUCAUCGUGCCAAAUGGCAAGUUGGGAUCUUUGCCACUGGGGCUCUUGCACUCAGAAGACUACCAGAAAAAGGUUGAUCAGCACGAAGCAGGUGAGAAACACAAGGCAGUCGUGGAAGCCAAGUUGAGCAACAAGAGGACCUUGUUGCAGAGGCAGGUGGACACGCAUGCGAGGAAGAAAGCAAGGUUGGAGGGCAUGACAAGCAAACUUGAGGGACAAGUGUCUGGAUUGACUCAAGACUUGGAAAGCACCAAAGAGGCAGUCGAGCUCUGGAAAACAAUCCUUUCUUACAUCAUAGAUGUUGCAACACAUGGCAGCAAAAAAGACCCAGCCAUGUCUUGGCCAGACUAUUUCAUGACUGCUUUCCCAGCCGAUGCUCUUCCCAAGUUGGGCGACAUUCCCGAGGUUUUCCAGGACAACAUGCUCAGUUUUCCAGAUUGCCUUGAGGCUGUGACAGAGAAGCUGGCGCAACUCAGACAGCAUUUGAAAGCAACUGAAGAGAAUUUGGAGAAACAGAGUGCCUCUCUUGAUCAACUUGCCGGAAAAGCAAAAAAGAAGGAAGAAGACGAGAAGCAAAGACUUGAGAAAUUCAGCAAUCAGGAUCCUGCGAAAAUCAAGACGCUUGACUGCUCUAGGAUGGCUGCUAUCUUUGUCAGGAAGCGAAGAAGACAAAACUAUCACAGCAAGGUGGCUCUGAAAGGAAAGCUGAGGAGAGGCAGGAAGGACGAAGAGUGGGAUGAGAAACCUGCAAAGGCCCGUAGGCAGAUCUGGAUUGAAGACAAACUCAAAGCGGUGCGGCUGUACAAUGAAUUGAAAAAAAGCCGGGACGAGGCAGCAGCAGUAGCACGUGAAAGGAUUCCUAGAAAUCUCACGAAUGAAGAAAGGGAGGCUUUUUUGGAGCACAGAGCCAAAGCCAAAGACAUCUUGAAAAGGAAUCUGCAGAAAGAAGUUGAAAGGCAAUUACCAAACAUUGUUCGCACGUGUCAUGUACACAAAUGGGCAAAGCAAGCCGAAGACGAAAAAUGGGAGUUGUUGCCUGCCUCAGAUCGCAGCCGCCUCGUCGAAGUGCCGAAAGCAUGGCGUCAGAAGUUUGCGCUUCCAGCCAAAGGGAGGCCUGUGGGAGGUUUCGUGCCUGAGGAACUACAAAAAGAUCUCGACCGAAUCAUCGCAGAGCACGUGCUAGGCCAAUCGGAGGUGACUGAACGAAAAGAAGUAGAGGACUCCAUAGCUAUGUUAAAGGGUUUUUGCAACACCAUACGGCUGAACCAUCAACACCAGUGCAUCCAAGUGAAAACUCUUUUACUCCAAGGAGACAUCGGCAAACAUUCUGAUCGAGAAUUGGAACAACGCUUUGCCAGAGACAAAGCCACUGAUCGAUGCGCAAAAUGCGCAGUUCAGGGAAAUGUUUGCCAAGGGCCAGCUUUCAAUCUCAGGUCUUUCAAAGGUCCUUUUGCCCUCUCCAGAGCCUCUUAA